AUGUGCGGAAUUACGGCCAUCGUUAAGCUCCGACGGGGUGGUCGCCCGAAUGCGGCGAACGAACAGCCUUGCCUUCACGUUGAGGAGCCAAGCAACCCGCAGAAUCGCAUUGAUCUGCACAAUAAACUGGCGGAGAGUCUUUCCAAAAUUGCCCACAGGGGCCCAGACGCUGAGGGUAUCUGGAUCUCCGACGACGGAAGCAUUGGUCUGGGACACCGACGUCUUGCUAUCAAUGACUUGACAUCCCAUGGUGUACAGCCCAUCCACAGUGACGAUGGGAAAAUCCACGCAGUUGUCAACGGCGAGAUUUACGACCACGACGCCAUUCGUCAGCGUUGUGUUCGUGACCAAGGAUACGAGUUCAAAGGCCACAGCGAUAGUGAAGUCCUAGUUGCCCUCUACAAGAUUUACGGGGCCCCUGAGUUCUUCAGACACCUCCGGGGCGAGUUCUCGUUCAUUAUAUUCGAUGAAAAUGAUGGGCGAGUAAUCGUGGCACGGGAUCGCUUUGGUAUCAAACCCAUGUUCUGGACCAUUAUUGGCAACGGGGAGGACGAGGAGAAACGUUUGCUUCUAACCUCAGAAGUCAAAGCAUUUCUACCUCUGGGCUGGAAACCCCAGUGGAAUGUCGAAGGCCUUAUCAGCGGCGCUUCUCUACAAGCCGAGAACACAGUGUUCAGGGACGUGUGGAAGUUAAAUCCCGGAACGUGGAUGGAGAUAUCUCAAGACGACGAGAUUAAGCACCGCCAGUACUGGGACCCGCAGUACAAAGACAAGCGCCAGGUGGAGACGCGAACUGUAGAUGAGAUGAUUCAAGAAGUCAGGAGACGUCUGGUUGAAGCUGUGAGAAUUCGGCUUCGGGCCGACGUACCUGUGGGGAUCUAUUUAUCUGGUGGCAUUGAUUCCUCAGUUGUUGCUGGUAUUGUGACCAAGCUAGUGCGUGAAGAGGGAGUUAAGCUAGGCAAUCAGGAUGCCACAAAACGGAUUUGUUGUUUCAGCAUUCAAUUCCCUGAGGGUUCAGGAUUCAACGAAUCGGAUAUUGCUGAGCGCACAGCGACCUGGCUCGGAGUCCAAAUCCUUAAGAAAGACAUGAACGAAGAAGAGCUGGCGAAGAACUUUGCCGACAGUGUCUAUCACCUUGAACACCAUCACUUCGACCUCAACCUUGUAGGGAAGUUCUGUCUUUCCACAUUACCUAGGCAAAAUGGAAUUCCGGUUGUCCUUACCGGUGAAGGUGCGGAUGAGCUGUUUGCCGGUUAUCCAUUUUUAUUUCAAGACUUUCUCUUGGAGUCAGACUAUGCAUGGCCCAAUUCUCCUUUAUCAAACAACGACAGCAUGCGUCAGAGUAUGCAAAAAGAGGUGGCUGAAGACAUCAAGAACAUGUUUAACACAGUUGGGAUGUUUGACCAUCGGUGGGACAAGACAGCCCCGUCAUCUCCACACAUAGACAUAGCCCAAAACGCUCUGAAGUGGCAACCGGACUGGAGUCUAUAUGCGCCUUGGGUUCGAGAGACUUACGGAGAGCCUGACAUGAGAGAGGUUGUCGCUCGGACCAUGUCUUCCGAGGUCCACAACAACAUUAAGGAAAAGUGGCAUCCGUUGCAUUCGUCGCUUUAUAUCUAUACUCGAGGCACGCUUGCCAACAUGAUCUUGACGAGUCUGGGCGACCGUACGGAGAUGGCACACAGCAUUGAAGCCCGGACCCCCUUCUUGGACCAUCACUUGGUUGAGUAUGUCAACUACCUGCCGCCUAGUCUUAAAGUCGGGUUCAAUGAGGCAGAAGGUCAGGCGGAGGGAACUGGGUCGAGUAUGUGGUGGAAAGACCUUAGCUCGGCCCGUCAGGCCCUGAUCGAGAAGUGGAUUCUCAAGGAGGCUGGAAGGCCUUUUAUAACGCAAGAGAUUUACGAGAGGCGGAAGCACAUUUAUUCAGCCCCUGUGAAGUGGCCUUACGGGGGCCCUCUUCAUCUACUUUUUAUGAACCUAGUGACCGAGACGUCGGUGAACAACUUGGGCUUUGUGGAUUGGACUGACGCAAAAGUCUGGCUUGAAAGGGCGUUUGGCGAUAACGCCGACUCCAACGCAUUCAGAAAGUUGGUGGUUACUGGAUCUUGGGUUGUCCUGAGUCAGAAAUUCGGUGUCGAAAAGGCCGUCAGAGGGCAAGUGUCAAAGUGCUUUUAG